AUGGAUGAGAAGCAUAUACUGGGAGACUUGGCAUUGACUCAGCAAAGAACAGUUUCGCGUUCCAAGUUCUGGGUCAUUAUUCCAUCUUUCUUAUCAUGCUUUUACAUUAUUUUGCAUAGCUGGCUGGGCAUAUUGUCAUCGACGACUGAAUCAGGGCCCCUCAAAUACAAUGAAGAGCUCAUCAGCUGGCAGUCUUGUGGGAGCUUUAAGGGCAAUCCCCUUGAAUGCAGCAGUAUUAAUGUUCCUAUGGACCAAUUCGAUCUGGGGUUCCCGGGAGAUAGGACCUUUACCAUCCCACUUGUUCGCAUGCGAGGCAACAACGCGACCCAAAAUCUCCUUUUAAACCCUGGUGGUCCUGGAGCUAGCGGCUUUGAGUUUCUCUACCGCCGAGGAGAGCAGCUGAAGGCCGUGGUCGGCGAAGGUUUCCACCUACUCUCAUUCGACCCUCGCGGGGUCAAUAGCUCGACACCAAUAGCCUCUUGCUAUCCGGACGAUAGGACUCGACAGAAAUUGUCCCGCGUUCGAUCUCUACAUGUAAUAGGCGAUAGCCCCGAAGUCUAUGCGUGGGCGCAGAAUUUUGCCAAGGCAUGUACUGACACGAUGGGCGAGUAUGCCAAGUAUCUCAACACUCCCCAGACAGCCGCCGACAUGAACAGCAUUCUUGAUGCUCUGGGCCAGCAAGACAUGAUAUACUGGGGAUUCAGUUAUGGCAGUCUGCUAGGUCAGACAUAUGCAGGGCUAUUUCCCGAACGUUCAAAGCGCGUUAUCAUUGAUGGGGUUGUAAAUCAAUUCGAGUGGUACGAGGGUCUUUUUGAAGCACAGUCACUAAUCGACACGGACACGGUGCUCGAUGGCUUCUUUGACGAGUGCAUCAACGGCGGAGCUGAAAACUGCUCCCUGGCCUUGUUGGCAGCAUCCAAAGAGGAAUUGCGUGACACCGUGCUCUCGUACAUAGACACGCUUCGAGAUCAGCCCAUCAGUGUAUACAUCAACAACUCCGUUUACGGCUUGCUUGACUAUGAGAAGGUCUGGUACAACGGGUUUCUCGAGGCCCUGAACAAACCUUCAAUGUGGGCUGCCCUUGCGGAUAAUAUGUACAGACUGAUCCAAGGGAAUGCGACAAAUGCAUUUCUAGCAUAUGGAGUUGAGGAGAUUCGGGAUUGGAAUCAUGAAGCAUACGACUUUAUCACCCUGAACGACGGUAUUAGUGGCCCGAUGCAUUGGCCUCGAGACAGACAGACGUUCUUGGAUAAGAUCGCGCCCUUAUUCAACCAUAGUCUGUUCAGCCCUGUGCAAAACAAAAAUUAUUACGUGCGGCAACACUGGGCUGUACCAAAGACACAUUCCUAUGUGCCACGCAAAAGUGUGAAGACGACACAUCCGCUGCUCAUACUUUCGACAACUUACGACCCCGUAUGCCCCCUCAUAGCUGCGUGGUCUGCGAACGAGGCAUUCGAGGGUUCGCAGAUCGUCGAGGUCAAAGGGUAUGGGCAUUGCUCUGUUGCAGUACCGUCGGUGUGCAUUGCGAAACAUGUGCGAGCGUUUUUGUACGAAGGCAAAUUGCCCGACACAUAUACGCACUGCGAGGUGGAUUCUCCCUACUUCCACCGGUCAGACAAGAGCGGGCAGUUGUCGGCUCACAAACACUUUGAGGACGCGGAGGAGGCCAAAAUCCACCAAGCGCAGGUGCUGCUAGCGAGAGACUGGGAUUUUGUAUCGGCCAAUUAG